AUGACUUUCCCAUUGAUCUUAUCCCUAUCUGCCCUCUCUAUCACAGCUUUGGCGAGUCCAUUUGAGUAUGACUACAUAAUCGUUGGUGGUGGUACGGCCGGCUGCGUGCUUGCCAACCGCUUGUCAGCAAAUCCAUCCAUUUCUGUUGCUCUAGUUGAAGCUGGACCAACUGUAUUCAACGACUCUCGAGUUCUGUCUGUCAACCCUGCUGGACCCGCAUGGGGCUCUGAGCUUGACUGGAAUUACACUACUAUACCUCAGAUCUAUGCCAACAACUCGACAUUACAGUACCACGCUGGUAGAGAUCUUGGCGGCACAAGUACCAUCAACGGUAUGCAACAUUCUGCCAGCCAUCAAGUCUUUCUAACAUCUAUUCAGGCCUGNGUAUAUCUGCGUCCAACCGCUGGCGAAGUUGACUCUUGGUCAUCAUUGGGCAACCCAGGCUUAACAUGGGAUAACCUACUACCUUACUACAAGAAAAGCGAGCAUUUGCAAUUUCCCACUGAUCCACGCGCACUCGCAGAUACGUCUUAUGAAGCUGACGUGCAUGGCUUUGUCGGUCCAGUCAAAGUUGGCUGGGGCAAUGACCUCAACCCAGGACAAUUUGGACAAGCAGUUAACACAACCUGGCAAUCUCUCGGGUUUCCAUGGAACAUUGAUCUCAAUAGGGGCAAUAAUACUGGACUUGGCUUGUGGCCAAUCGAGAAAGACACUGUCUUGCAGAUCAGGUCAGACUCGGCUAGGUCCUACUACUUGCCUGUUAUAGGUCGAGCGAAUCUGCACGCUUUCACCAACACGACUGCGCUGAAUAUCAACUUGGACAAUGGUAACAGCCAUCACGGGCCUAUAGGAGGAGUCGAGGCCAAAGGUGUCAAUGUAGUUCUGCCUUCUGGAGAGAAACAAUUUCUCAAGUCCAAGCGGGAGGUCAUUCUUUCCGCAGGCACAUACAGAACCCCUGGUCUUCUCGAGCGAUCUGGUAUUGGCAAUCCAUCACACCACACNAGUAUCCUGCGCAACCUAUGGAUCACGCCUAAAGUCGUACUCNNCCCUGGCGUGGGAGCUCAUCUCCAGGAUCAGUGGCUCGCCAUGGCCCUUCACAACCCCAAUAUCACCUUAAACUCAUUGGGCAUAGCGUACAACUCCAGACCCAUGACUGGUUCCCUAACAGCUGCCGAUCUNUUUGUUGACGAACUCGAUACUGUUACCGCACAGCUAUACAAAGACAUACCCUCGUACGCUCGCACGCUUUCAGAAGCAAGCAACGGCGCCAUCUCCAUACAAGCACAAGAGCAAAUCCUUCUCACCAGGGCAAACUUAUUCUUCCAGAAAAAGGUCGCGAUCGGCGGAUUCCAGUUCCAGCCCUAUGGUGGAAACUGCUGGGUCAGCUUACCUUUGUCAACAGGAAAUGUUCAUUCUUCCUCCGACCCUUCAAAGCCACUUUUAAAUCCCAAUUUCAUGCAACUACCAUGGGAUGUCAUGGUUGCGCAACGCUUGUUCUCCAUGCUUCGCCGCAUAUACUCCUCUGCUCCCGUUCAAACUGCUCUAGGCCCUGCCGCCAGCACAGAACUCUUGCCUGGGUAUACUCUGCUUCCUGCCAAUGCCUCUCUUGCCCAGUAUGCAGCGUACUUUGGAUCCACGCUCACACCUCUUUGGCACGGCGUGGGUACUGCAGGCAUGAGGAGACGUGACUGGGGUGGUGUGGUGGAUACAAAGUUUAGAGUGUAUGGAACAAAAGGGUUGAGAGUUGUGGAUGCGAGUGUCAUUCCAAUGGAAGUCAAUGGCAAUCCGACGAGUACGAUCUAUGCUCUGGCGGAGAAGGCUGCAGAGGACAUUUUGGCGGAUUGCGAGUGA